UUGCUUUAUCACCACCAGCAACAUGCAACUCUCCCUUCAGAGUAUCCUGCUUUUGGCUACUACAGCCCUUGGCCAGACUGUUUGUCCAGCUUCCUCCAUCUUUCGAGUAAACUCGGUCCUUACGAACACCACCAACCUCAACAACACUGCAACCUCUUUUGGCUACGUUAGUUCAUCAUGGUGGUAUUCCGCUCGCUACCAUGCCGUCCUCGACCCUGAGGACUCGUGGACUAUAACCAAAGCCUACGUCACCGACAUCUACAAUCACACUAUUUCGCGCCUUGAGUUCCCUGAGCGAGACUAUGUGCACUCGAUGGGGCUCAGAUUGAGUCCUCUGAGUGCGGUGACACCUGCAGCCUUUGUAGAGAUCAAUGGGGAGGGGAGCNCAGACCCUGAUAUCCAAGGUGGAAGCGAGGGCGUGUACUACGAUGACGCUGGAAAGAUCAGAUACGCGGGGCCUGAUGGCAAGAAAUUGGGAUAUAGAUUGCAUAAUGCGACUGUGCCGAAAGGUUGCUAUGAUAUUGAUCUUGUCAUCGAGUAUAUGGAUGGUUGGAACACGCCUACGGGGUUGCCGCCGAAGUGCUGGGAUCAUGUG